AUGAGAGCUGGAGUGCCUUUAGCUUCGUUGCUGGGCCCGAUGGGCCGAAGGGGCCAUGGGGCCAUGGGGCCAUGGGAGACGGAACCGCAGUUCCUGACCAUCCCGCAGCAUCCUGAAGCGUGGCUCAAGAAAUGGCAGGUUUUUGGGAGUUUUCAUGGAAGAUGCCAGGACGUGAACCGCUCGGCCGAGUGGCCGUUGUGCCUGCUGCGUUUCCGCUUCGGUCCUGGACCUUUGCAGGAUCUCAGGCCCGCGGAGCUGCUGAGCGUGGCAGAUUUCGCCCUGAUGGCAUCCUUGAGCUAUGAAGCUCCCCUGCGUGCUGAGGAGGAGACGUCCGGUGCUGGUGUGACCGCAUGUUCCCACUACUUCCCCCGCUGGCGGGUGGAACAACGCCCUGAAAAGCAGCGGGUCAUGGACUGGUCCCGCUUUCUGAUGUUGACCUCCGAGGACAACAGCACCACAGUGAUCACGGUACGUGGUACUUUGGAUUUCCUGGAUGUCCUACAGGACGUGGCCUUGUGGCUGGUGCCCGCCUUGAUGGAAGGAAACUGGGGCAAAUCGAUUUCGGAGUAUGCUGAGCUCUUUCCGUCAACGCGUGUGGCUGCAGACCACACCUUUAAGUCCGUGCUAGAAGCCACACACUUAAUGAUCCAAUCCCAUCCGUCCAGGCGUUUCUUCCUCACUGGGCAUUCCUUAGGCGGUGGCAUCGCCAAAAUGGUCGCGCUGCAGAUUCCCAUCGCCUCGCGACCGCUGGCCAUCGCCUUUGCAUCUCCCGGGGUGCAGGACGCGGCGCGGGUGCUCUUUGGACACGAAAACCAUGAUGGGCCGAUCCAGACCAGGCUGGAGGACCUCCAGCAGAGCUUGUUGGACGUGGUGCCUCGUCACGAUCUGAUCUCGCUGAUCGAUCAAGAUCCGGGGAAUACCUUGAUCGCUCCCUGUGAGGCCGACACGGGAACCACGGCAUUUCAGGGCCACCCCUGGCAGUGCCACAGCAUCUUUCGUAUCCUUUGGGGCAUUUUCUCCGCCUGCGGCUCCAUGACCUUCAAAAACCUCACGCUGCCCUGUGAAGCUUUCCGGGCGGCUAUUCCGGACGCCUGUUGA